UUGUGAAAGGGGGGUUUGACAGGCGGGAGUGGCGGCUGCUGGCGAGCGGAGGAGCGCUCAGGGAGCGCGCAGCGCAGGAACUCCGUACUGGGCGCGCGUCGUCGGGGCUGCAUCUCUUCCCUUCCCCCCACCGCGCACACCUUCAUGAGAUAAACAGAGAGCAAUUAAAGCUUGGAAAACAUGGAGCAAUACCCAGAUCUACAGGAAGACCUGAGUUUGGAGGAUACCAAUGAAUCCCUUAAUCAGCUCAAAUUGGCCUCUCUAGAUGAUAAGAACUGGCCACCAGAUGAAGUGCCUGUUUUUCCUAAGUCAGAUGACUUCAAGGGCUCCCCUGACCCUGUCACUCACUUACGAUGGGAUGACCCAUACUACGACAUUGCUAGACACCAGAUUGUGGAAGUGGCAGGUGACGACAAGUAUGGGCGGAAAGUAAUUCUGUUCAGUGCCUGCCGGAUGCCUCCCAGCUAUCAGCUUGAUCAUGUGAAACUGCUGAGCUAUUUGAAGUAUACAUUGGACCAGUAUGUUGAGAGUGAUUACACCUUAGUCUAUUUGCACCAUGGCCUGACCAGUGAGAACAAGCCAUCCCUGAGCUGGCUGCGGGAUGCCUACCGGGAAUUUGACCGCAAAUACAAGAAGAACAUCAAAGCAUUGUACAUUGUGCACCCAACAAUGUUCAUCAAGACACUGCUGAUUCUCUUCAAGCCCUUGAUCAGCUUUAAGUUUGGACGGAAGAUUUUCUAUGCAAACUACCUGAGUGACCUGGAGGAGCAUGUGAAACUGGAGCAGCUGGGGAUCCCAAGCCAGGUGCUAAAGUAUGAUGAAUAUCUGAGAUCCCUGCAGAAGCCCUCCCAAGUGCCUCAGAAAGUAACCCCACCACGCCCACCUCUGCCAAACCAACAGUUUGGAGUUUCUCUCCAGCACUUACGGGAGAAGAGCUUGGAUCAGAAUCCCAUUCCACUCGUGGUAAGGGAGACCGUUGCCUAUCUGCAGCAGCAUGCUCUUAACACAGAGGGGAUUUUCCGACGAUCAGCAAACACUCAGACGGUCAGAGAAGUUCAGCAGAAAUAUAAUAUGGGGCUGCCUGUGGACUUUGUGCAAUAUGAAGACGUGCACCUGCCGGCUGUGAUUCUCAAGACCUUCUUGCGGGAGCUGCCUGAGCCUCUCCUCACCUAUGGUCUCUACAAUGACGUCGUCAGUUUCUACAGUGUAGAGGAAGAAAAGCGUGUGGAUAUUGUUCGCAAAACCCUCCAGAGUCUCCCGGAAGAAAAUUACCAAGUGCUGUGUACACUGAUGUCCUUCCUUGUGCAGGUCUCUGCCAACAGCGACAUCAACAAGAUGACCAACACUAACCUGGCCGUCGUUUUUGGCCCAAACCUGCUGUGGGCCAAAGAUGCAGCCAUUACCCUCAAAGCCAUUAAUCCUAUCAAUACGUUCAGCAAAUUCCUACUGGACAACCAGAGGGAGCUUUUCCAGAGCUUGGAGGCUUGAUUGAGAGCCUGUUUGUGCUGACACACCAUGUGUCCACUGUGACCACUUCCUUCCUUCCUUCCCUCCCCCUCCCCUUUUCCUUUCUACUUUAUCUUGGAACCGUGGCCAAGCUUAGAAAAGUGUAAGGAGAUGGCAUUGUGUGUGUGUGUGUACGUGUGUGUGAAAGAGGAAGGGAGAGAGAGAGAGAGAGAGAGAGAGAGAGAGAGAGAAGGGGUGGUCAAGUGGGCUGGGAAGCUGGCCUCCCCAUCUCUAGAAGUGGAGUGUCCAGAUUACUCUUAAUUCCUUCAGUUCCCUUUCCCAAAUUGCUCCCAUCGAGUAGCUCUUCUUGUACCCCAGCAGAAUCCCUACCUCUUGGUGCCUGUGUGAUCUGGACUAAUAUGUGUUGCUGCAGUGGCCCUUUGGCUGAGAGGAAUCUAUUUCUACUUCUCUUCUUUGGCUCACAUUGGUUCUCCACAUGCACCCAAGUCAGUUCUGAGCAUUCCCAUUUUGGAAGGCUGCGGCCGCUACUGAACACAACCAGCUUGCUACCCUUGAUGGAAAAGCUGACCCCCUAAGCCCUAUGGAAAACAUGGGGUAUAAAAGAAGAUUGCUUUGUCCUGGAAGUGCCCAUGUUUCUGAAUAGAGAGAUAUUUGUACAUUUCAAGGAACUCUAGCACUUGUGGUAGGUGCUGUUACAAUUUCCCUGCCAUGAUUUAAAGGUUAGAGCCCUCAGAUAUUGUGGAGCCCACUCUAUCUUUUUGUAAUGCCCUUCUGAAGAGAGUGUCUCUGCGAAACUGGCCUUGCCAUUAAGGUUUUCCAUUGGGGGGGGAUAGUGAUUUUGUGUGUGUUUUGCUCUCCCCCCUGCCAGAUGGUAGGAGUCAUGCAGGGGGUGUCUGCUGUGGUGGUAUUAGCUCUUCAAAAUGCCAAAGGUCAGAUUAAAACACUGCCCAUUCCUGUAACUGAAGCACAGACAUCUGUGCCUCUGGUUGCUGCUGCCUUACCAUUGUGAUGAGAGCAUACUCAAGCAAAAGACAGAUCACUGAGGCCAAACUCAAGAACCUUAUGCAGAAACCUCCUUGCCCCAAUCUACUGGGCAAUCUUGUGCCAAAAUUAGGGGAAGGUGAGUUUUCUCAUUGAAGGACCACUGCCAUUGUGUCCUUGUUGAGCUGAAAUAUAGUUGUUUUACGAAUACCAGAAUGGCUCUGGUGGACCCUUGGUUUCCUUGGCACAUGGAGAUAGGAAGCAUUGCUGUUCUUUUCUCUGACCUGAGAAAGGUUAUACAGCCAUGCAGUAUGGUUAUUCCAUAGAUUCUUGCCUAUGUGAGUUGUUCCCCCUUUCAGAUCAGAAAGCUGAGUUAUUCUAAACUCUAAACUAGGCUAAGCCAUUGGCCCAAGCACAAUAAGUUUUAAGCCAAAUGUUUUCUCUCAAAAAUAGCAGUUUUCUGCUGGGCCUAUAGAAGCUUUUGCUUUUUAAUAGUGUUGUAAAAGUGCAUUUUCACAAUGUAUUACUGCCAACUGUCGUAAGGCUAUUUUGUCCACACCCAACCCAUUAGUUGGCCCUGUAAAAUGGCAAGCUUGGAGUUCACAGGAUUAGAGAUGUUGGGGGUACUUUUCUCCACCUUCCCAGAGCCUGUGGCUUCCUGUCACAAGACAGUUAGAGGGAAGCUGGCAAGGUGAGUUUUGUAAAUGCACAAUAGGCUACUGUUUAAAAUUGAAUAAAAGAAGGACUGUGCUAUGGUUUAAAAUUGACAAAGUGAGCACUAAAAUCUGCAUGUGAAUUAUCAGUGCCCGUAGCCCAGCCAGAUCCUGUGAACUGGAUUCCACAUCUGUCGCAGAUGGCUGGAAAUGGUGAACUGAAGUGCUUGACACUAUUAUGAGGAGCUGACGAAUGUGUUGGUCAGAGUUCAUCAUCCUACGUAAGGUACAGGAUCAGUCAGCAUAUAGGAAGUGUUCAGUCUGGUAACAUAUAAACUUAGUUUGAAAUUUUGGAACAACACAGCAGUUGGGAACAUUGAUUUUUCUGUUUAGCUGAGACAUGGAGAGGCUUUCACCAAGAACACUAACAAGUGAACGGCUAUGGGAGAAGCAAGAGCCUUUUGCCUUCUAGUAUCUCUUGUAUAGAAUAGUUUAGCAUGGUUAACUUGCUCGCUCCUGUUCGAAGUUCCCAGGUUGGAAGGAGAAGCAGCUGGUUUCCAUGGAAAUCAUUGCCUUGGAAAUGGAAGGCCCAGGCACUUUAGGAGACAAGGCUGCAGGUUCAGCCACUGCACUGUAACAUUAAUUCCUCCUCAUCUUUUAGGAUUAGGAGCAAGAUCAGGCAGGAGAGAGAAAGUGCUGUCAUAGCUGCCCAGUAACACUUUUAUGAAGUCCACAGAUUCCCAAUUUGUGUGCGUGUGUGAUUUUCCCCACCCCCAGACACAUUGCAAAUCUUUGUAUUGCUAGCUACUGCACACAGUUAAAAGUGCACUCACAAAGCCCUGCAAGUAAGCCAGUGUAAAAUAGCUCUGUUGCUUUCCCUACUUUGUGGGAGCUUCCAGGACACCCGGAGUACAUACAUGGCAGCAAUGUCUGCUUUGCCUCAUUGCCCUCUCCCCUCACCAUUUCCCCCCCAUUUUCAAAUCUCUUACCAUUGUGGGCGAUUGGUGGAGCUGCAUGCUAGGCCUGACUGCACCCUACGAAUUAAGUUUGCAUCUUUGGCCAGUUAACUCCGAACUUCCUUCCCCUUCCCUUUUUUUGAUUGCUGCCAUGUGUGCUGUCUGAAUUAGGAUGGUAGGCAUCCAAGCAAGUGGUUGGAAUUACUAGAAGACCAGCAUCUCAAAGGGCCAAAUAUGUCCUUCCAUGCUCCUCUUGUAAUAGAGGCCAAGAGCUGGUUAGAUCGCCAUGGCUGCACAUUGCUUUCUGUCCUCCUGCAAACUUCCAGUGCUACACCUGCUUGGCUGCCCCCUUGUCAUGUAGCUUCCAUGUUAGAUAUUGGCCACAGUGCUUCUGUGGGUGGAGCGCUCCAUCUCUAUUGUAUCCUUUGCUUGCCUAAUAAAGCCCAUCAGUGUCUUGGUACCCCCUGAAUACACUCUGUGCUCUCACCUCUAGCAGUCAGUCAUGUAUCUGUAGUGAGAUCAGCUUAUGGGUGGUGCUGCUUAUGCUGAAGCUAAUUGGAUGCCUUGUGGUAGGAGUGGGAAGCCUGUGGUCCUCCAGAUGUUGGACUCCAGUGCCCAUUAGCCAUAGCCAGCCUGGCCAGUUUUCAGGGAUGAUGGGAAUUGUGAUCCAGCAACAUCUGGAAGACCACCGGUUUUCCACCUUUGCCUUAUGGCAAGUCUCUUUGCUGACUCAGCAGAGGUCUUUGAUGGCCAAGUGACCCCUGGCUGUGUGUUCUUCACCAGGGGCUGUAUGCAGAGUUUACAGCUUUGCUUUUUGUUGCUGUUAUCUUGCAUUUUUGUUCUCCUUGAUGUUUAUUGGGAGCAGGGCUGGGGUUUUUUAUUUUUAUUUUUACUGUGACAUUAAUUUACACACCCAUGUUUAUUUCCUUCUAAUGGUACCAAUCUUGUAUUUCACAGUUUGCACUUUUUGUACUUCAAUAAAAACCCAAAGCCAA